CGUAUGACUUCAGAACCAACGUGAUGUUCUGGCAGCCCCCGACUGUGCAGCCACACUUGAGUGUGGGGGUUGCACUUUACGGCGCAAGAAAAGAUUUGAUGACAUAGAAUUAGACAUUGAUAACAUGGUCUCACAGGUUUCGAGACGAAGAUGCCAGGAAGGAAUGAAUUUGCUGGGAUAACGUGACCUCCUUGACCAUACCGUCAAUCUUCUGUUUACUAUCUUCUUUCGAGCAAUGAUAAAAGUCGAGAUUUUUGACGGCAGGCACAUUUGAGAUAUUGUUUGACACAGUUGAUGAGCAGCUGGCGGAAUUUGAAGCAAAUAUGAUACCGGAUAAUCAUUUCUCCGGCACCAGGAUUGCUCACUUUUCUGUCUGCCGCAGAUGCACCGAUUUGCCUGUGUAGUGUGAGCGUCAAAUAUGAUGGCGACCAGCAUUGAGACCAGUGUCCGCAGCAUGCGUCUCUACCAAGACGCAGGCGCUGAAUCUAUGUCUCCUAAAGUGAAGGCAUCCUCAUCUUUUGUAUUGCCAGACUCAAGUGUUCUUCACUAUUCCCUAGAAGGGAAUCUAGCUCCUGAUAGUCCUGUCCUUCUUUUCGUCAAUGAUAUUUAUGUGAAUCUGCAAGUAUGGGAUCCAGCAAUUGCGCUAUUGAAGGAAAGCUGUCCACAGUAUCGGUUUCUCCGCUAUGAUUUGAGGGGCUAUUCUGUUGAAUCCAUUGGGGAUUCGGAAGCCAUCACCAUGUCCUUACUCGUUUCCGACCUCGAAUAUUUGUUUAAUAGACUUUCGAUUGCACACAUCCAUUCCAUCGUCGGCCUCGGAUUUGGUGCCAAUAUAGCGCUUGAGUUACUGGCAAAACGACGUCCGAUUGCCUCGACUUUCGUCGGCAUCGGUUUCGCGAUAUCCGACUCUGCUCUUACCCGCCGUCAACAGGUUGUAGAUGAUUGGCCUCUUCGAUCGAGCCUUGCACGCAGAUUUGGCAUGGGAAUACUCGCAGACAAAGCUGUCGCAAGAUGGUUCACACCUGAUGCUCGGCGCAGUGCCCAGUGGAUACGAGUGAGGGAGAUGAUUGCAGCGGGAAGUACCGAGGGCAUGGAAAAGUUGUCAAAUGCUGUGAUCGAGUGCGCAGGCCAUGGUACCGAACAGAGAGGUCAACGAACAUUGGAAAAUCUGGAAGUUCCUGCCCUUUUUCUCUGCGGAUCUAGUGACGAGUCGAUUCCAGAAGAGAUGGAAACAUACCCCGCACUCAUGGAAAAAGAGAAGGGAUUGUUCAUUUUACUUGACCGGACAAGUCGACUAGCAUGUUGCGAGAAACCGGGCGAAUUUGUCAGACUCCUUGGAAAUUGGCUGCAUAGGUUUUCUUGAGGCUUGCACUAUAUCAAUUGGUGAUCAUGGAAUUUCUCUGUCAUUGCUCGCCGUUUUCUUAUUCUAGCAAUUCCAACAACAAAAACGAGGCCCUCGGUUAGGAAGCAGCACCUCGCACAAGUGGCUAGGGAGCUAGAUAUCGGACUAGAAGUCCGGUUGAUCUGUCAUCAAGGUUAUUUCUCGUUGACCUUUGGAUCGGUUUUUUCC